AACCGAGAAGUAUUACUUUCUUUCGUAUGUUGUGUGAAGUGAAAUAUGCCCGAAUUUUAUUUCACCGAAGCCGAGAAAGUUCGGUAAUUUUUUUAGGUUACGUACAUCGCACUAGUUGUCAUCGCUCGUACAUACGACAGGUUGCCUUACUUUCACUUGGAGAAAGCAUAAAACCACAUGUGGGUGGUCUCUUAUCUUAACAAAAUUUUAACCGCAGUUGUAUAAUUUUAAAUAUUAUGGGGAUGGACGAUCCUGGUCGUUACAUUACUCGUCCCACUGUGAUAAUAUUAUUCUUAAUUUGCGUCUUAAUUUACUUGUUUGUUAUUCCGGCUGGAAAUAACUCUCUUGGAAGUGAGCCCUCCGAUGCUUCAUCCCCCAAACGGACGAAACAACAGCAGGAGAAAGUCACGAAGAAAGAAGUCACGAACAACGACCAUGCCCACGAAUUGACUCAUGGCUCGAAACGCUACAAGUUGUAUGAGAAGAAGCGCUUCAACUUUAAGAAGGCUGAAGCAUUCUGCAAAAAAAUGGAGGGACGGUUGGCAAAAACUGAGAGGCUGGAUGAGAUGACCAGACUGCAAACUCUUCUUCAAAAGGCGAAGCUGGUAAGUGACGAGUUGUGGAUCGGAGUUGAGAGAAAGCAGUGGAAAAAUCAUGCCUGGAAAGAUAAGCCGCAUCCUCCAGGAAUGAAUCCGGCAGCUUUGGGGGAGAUGAAUGCGAUGAUGAUGGGUGGUGGGAAGCAAGAAAUGUGUCCUGCUCUGAGCUUAUCAACCAGGGCAAUGGUGCCUGCCAUGUGCAUGCGAGAUCUCCCCUUUGUCUGUGAAUUUGACCGAGUUGACAAAUCAAAAGAUGAACCAAAGAUAGAAAAUGUAAUUAAAAAAGAACAAGGGAAAAGCAACAGGAAUAAGAACAAUGGUGUUAAAAGUAGUAAAGGAAAAGGGAAACCUAUGCCUCCUCCACUCAAAACGAAAAAUAGCAAGAUAAAAUCAACACCUAAACCGAAACAGCAAAAGAAAGUUAAUAAAAAUAGGAAGAGAGACGAAAUGUAGGAUUAUUCUCGACUUUCUCUAAAUAACCAUCGCAUGAUUUUUUUUUCAUAUCGCGUAAUCAGAAUAUCUUUAUUUGUAAUAUUUACAUAUAUGAAUGUUCGUCCACAAACAAAUAAGUAUUUGUUAAUUCCUAAAUUAAUUAUGUUUAACACGCUGGUAACUUAUGUAGAUGAUAACUGUGUAUAAACUUUGUGAUAGAAAGUUGUCGGUAAAACAAAGAUUGUGAUAUGCAAUUUGAUGAAAUUGACACGCGUAAAAUUAUACAGUCAAAUA